AUGGCGGAUCUCAGCAACAUUCUGGCCGCCCUCGCCGCGCAAAAACAAGGGGGCGCGCCCUCACAAGCUCCUCCUCCGCCUGUGCCUGGCGCGCCAUUUCCUCCGCCUCAGUAUGCCACCCCGCCAGGCACUGCGACAGCUUACGGACUGCCCCAGCCUAUCAACACCGGAAGUGUAGAUCUCGCUGGCAUCAAACCUGUUAGCUCUGGCUCGGUUAGCAUUGCGGAUGCAAUUUCGAAAGCUCGAGGCAUCGCGGCCGAGAAGGGUCUGUCCUAUGAUCCAAACAGACUUCCCAUGAGCUCAGAUCCACGUGCCGGCAGCAGAGGAUAUCGCCGCUCAAGAUCACCCUCCCGCUCCCCGCCGCGCUCCAGCCGAGAUGGUUUCCGCAAUUCGUACAACCCUUACCGAGAUGAAAGACGGGGCAAUGACCGUGGACACAACCGGGACCGUUCUUUUUCACCAAGAGGCGGUCUCUACUCUCCUACAAGAUACCGGGACGAUCGAUCGCCAGGUCGUGAUCGAGGUGCGGAGGGGGACUCGGAAAUCCUUCCUCUUGAUAAAGGGCUCGUUGGCUUAAUUAUUGGACGUUCUGGAGAGAAUCUUCGACGAGUCGAGAAUACCACCGGGGCUCGGGUUCAAUUUAUGGACGGCCCCGAGGUCGCCGGCACCCAGAGACAUUGCCGGAUUUCUGGGAGUCGAUCGGCACGAUCGGCCGCCAAAGCCGAGAUAUUCAAGAUCAUUGAAGACAACGAGAUGGCCAAAAAGGGAGCUGACAAAUCCAGGAGCCAAAGCAAAAGCUCCGCGGUCAUGACCAAAGAGGGGGACAGUCUACAAAUGAUGGUCCCUGACCGAACCGUGGGCUUAAUCAUUGGGAGAGGGGGUGAAACAAUUCGUGACCUCCAAGAUCGAAGUGGCUGCCACGUCAAUAUCGUGGGGGAGAACAAAAGCGUGAAUGGAAUGCGACCGGUGAACCUGAUUGGCAGUGCAUCUGCUCAACAGCACGCAAGAGAUCUGAUUCUAGAAAUUGUGGAGAGCGACCAGAAAGGGAUCAGUAUCAAAGACCUUCACCGUGAGCGAGAAGACUCCCACAACAAACUCAACGACAGCAUUGUUGUGCCUGGAGAGGCAGUGGGGAUGAUCAUCGGAAAAGGGGGCGAGUCCAUACGUGAAAUGCAGAACCAGACAGGAUGCAAGAUCAAUGUCUCGCCCGCCACCGGAAGGGACAUCGAACGUGAAAUCGGAUUGAUUGGCAGCAGGUACGCCAUUGAUGCUGCCAAACGUGCUAUCAUGGAGAAAGUUGACACUGUACGUGCUCGAACGCAAGCUCGUGAAUCUCGCGACGAUUAUGCAGACCGAUACCCAGGACCACCGCCGAGCUACGCCCCCGCUCUAAGUGGAAUUUCUCCCGCUCAACCGGCGGCACCACCGGCAGCCGCUGGAGCAGCCGCUGGGGCCGCCGACCCCUACGCGGCCUAUGGCGGCUACCAGAACUAUCUUCAAAUGUGGUACGCAGCCAUGGCGGCGCAGCAACAACAAGGCGGCCAAGGUCAAGGUGAGCAACGAUAA